CCAAUUUUCAUCUUACCCUUGGCUGUGGUGGAGUAGCUCGCUGUAAGAACUCGUCCUUCGUGGUGUUGAUUGGUGCGUGCUCGCUUGCUAGCUAGCUAGCCUGCCCGAUCACUAACUAAGUAACUGACUGACUGGCUGCGUGAACAAAUCUCCAGAAAUCCUUGAAGACCCUCAUCUUGGACUUGUUCCCUUUCAUCCUCAUCCAUCCCUUUGCCCCACACACACGGAAUUCAACCAAAGUCCCAACAUCAUGGCCGAUCAAUUGACCGAGGAGCAAAUCGCCGAGUUUAAAGAGGCGUUUUCGUUGUUUGACAAGGACGGCGAUGGUACCAUCACCACCAAGGAAUUGGGCACGGUCAUGCGAUCCUUAGGCCAGAAUCCCACCGAGGCUGAACUUCAAGACAUGAUCAACGAAGUGGACGCGGACGGCAACGGCACCAUCGACUUUCCCGAGUUUUUGACCAUGAUGGCUCGCAAAAUGAAGGACACCGACAGUGAAGAGGAGAUCCGCGAGGCGUUCCGCGUGUUUGACAAAGACGGCAACGGUUUCAUCUCGGCAGCCGAGCUUCGGCACGUCAUGACCAACUUGGGAGAGAAGCUCACAGACGAGGAGGUCGACGAGAUGAUCCGCGAGGCUGACAUUGACGGAGACGGCCAAGUAAACUACGAAGAAUUUGUGACCAUGAUGACCUCGAAGUAAAUCUCCUCCUUCUUCCCUGCUCCCUUCCUCGCCCACCUCCCCCUCCCUCUUCUCCCUCCUGGGCCUCGUUUUGGUCCGUUCAUCAUCAAUCCGAAGAGAGUCUGCAUUUCUUCAAGAAAUACCGUUGAUGCCGAUCACCCGUCGCAGACUCGUGUUUGUUUGGGAUACCAUGGCAUGAAAAUGAGUUGAUUCUUCAAAAUUAGCACUACGAUUACUACAUACAACCAUUAUUAUUACUACUCCCUUCAACUCCUACUCUACUACUACAAUUAUUACAGCAUACAUUCCCCUCCUUGAAUGGCAAUUUUCUAUUGAUGUAAUUUUUUAUUAAUAACUCUUUCUGUAUGUUAAGCAUAAUUCUGCUAGUCUUGUCCAAUAAAUUUUCUUGCUGACCGUGAAAA